GGCGGGGAUCCCCUGCCUGGCCCCGGUGGCUGUGCCAGCGAUGAUCCGCGGGGUGGGCUGACCGGGGCUGGGGAGAGGAAGCGGCGCGGGAACCCAGGCGCGGAGGAGGCUGGCUGGUUUCUGGCGGACUUUUGGGGGGCAGGACUCCCCGUUCCUAAACCCGACCUCAUGUCUCACUUGGAGCAGUGGGAACAGCUGCAAGUCCCAGAUCCCCAGGGCUCCAAUGAGCAAGAGCUGCCGAGAGGCGCCCAGGAAGGUGGCGGGAUCCUGAAGAGAGGCAAGGAAGAGACUUCGCAGUGUGCAGCGGAAGCAGCCGGAUGCGAAGGGAAUGUGGCCUGUAGACCCAAGCGGGGCGAUGGCUGGGUGGAAGGGCGGCAGGAUCCCACACCUCUGGGCUCCAUUUGCAGGGCGAGGGACAUGAGCGGCGUGUCAGUGGGUGGCACCUCAAACCCCAUCGCCUGCCCCACAUGUGGGAAGGGCUUCAGCCGCAAGUCGAAUCUGACAAAGCACCAGCGGAUCCACACGGGCGAGCGUCCCUUUUGCUGCACCCAGUGUGGGAAACGGUUCACUCAGAGCUCCAACCUGUGCAGGCACCAGAGCCUCCAUGCUGUGGGCGAGGGGCCCUGGUGCUGCCCUGAGUGUGGGGAGAGUUUCCCAGGGAGCUUGGGGCUGGCUAGGCACCGCAGAAUGCAUGCGGCAGGACAGAGAUCCCACUACUGCCACCAAUGUGGGAAAAGCUUUGCCAGUCGCUCACUCCUGACCAUCCACCAGCGCAGCCACUGGGGGGAGGGGCCGGUCUCCUUUGCUGCAUUAGUCAAGCACCUGAGGAGUCACACCGGGGAGCGACCCUACAAGUGUGCUGAGUGUGGGGCCGUCUUUGCCAGUGUCUCCUCCCUGGCCCGGCACCGCCGGAGCCAUGCUGGUGAGAAGCCCCACUGCUGCCCCGAGUGUGGCAAGAGGUUCGGGCAGAGCAGCGCCUUCGCUGAGCAUUGCCGCACCCACACUGGGGAGCGCCCCUACUGCUGCCUGGAGUGCGGCCGGGCCUUCGCUGGCAGCUCCAACUUCCUCCGGCACCAGAGGAUCCACACCGGGGAGCGGCCCUACCCGUGCCAGGACUGCGGCCGCACCUUCCGGGUCAGCUCCAACCUGGCCAGGCACCAGAGGACUCACCACCAGGGGCUGACGGCCACUGACUCUGGAGAUUCUCACUUGCUGGGGUGGGCAGGACACAGCUAG